AUGUCGGUAUACUCCUUCUACAUUUUUGAUCGGCACACCGAAUGCAUCUACUCCAAGCGCUUCACCGCUGCCAACAAUACGCAAUCAAGUCGAGGUUCGACACUACAGAAUGGCGAUGUGCCAGCAUCCCUGCGCAAGGCCUCGAAAGACCUCGACGAGACCAAGCUGAUCUUCGGGACGAUCUUUUCCCUGAGGCGCAUGGCUAAGCAGCUCGGAGGCGCCGACGACCAAUUUUUAUCAUACCGAACCGGAGAAUACAAACUCCACUACUUCGAAACACCGACCCAACUCAAGUUCGUGAUGCUCACGGACCCUAGAGUCGGCAAUAUGCGGACGGUGCUGCAUCAGAUAUGGGCCACACUUUUCGUCGAGUACGUGGUCAAGUCGCCAUUGGCGCCUGCUGAGCAUACAGGAGGUAAGGGUGUGGCGAAUGAAUUGUUCGAGGGUGGGCUGGAGAGAUUCAUGGUAAGCAUGGGCCUACUGCCGAGAUGA